GUGCACCAUGGACUCUGAGAACUACGUCUCCCGCAAAGGUGAACUACAUCUCCCGUGAGGCCCCGCGCGCGCGCGAGGAUGACGCGGAGUGACAGCUUCCUGUCUCCGGAAAAGCUGCCAGGCGGCGACGGGAAGGUAGGGUGGGACCUGUCUGAAUCUAUUCCUGGGGUUGUCUUAUAAUGGCUGAAAAUGACACGGAGAGAAUCCAGACAGAAAAUCUCCUAAAAAGAGUACAAGAAUUGGAGCAGGAGGUACAAAGACUUAAAAAAGAACAGGUCAACAACAAAGACUCAAACAUUAGAGAAACUUCCUCAGCAGCUGGAAAAGCUAAGCGUGCAUUUGAUUUCAGUGCUCAUGGUCAGAGACAUGUAGCCUUAAAGAUUGCCUAUCUGGGCUGGGGAUACCAGGGCUUUGCCAGUCAGGAAAACACAAACAAUACAAUUGAAGAAAAGCUGUUUGAGGCUUUAACCAAGACUCGACUAGUAGAAAGCAGACAGAUGUCCAACUAUCACCGAUGUGGGCGGACAGACAAAGGAGUCAGUGCAUUUGGGCAGGUGAUUUCUCUUGACCUUCGUUCUCACUUUCCAAAGGCCAGGGAUUCAGAAAAUUUCAUUUUAAAAGAAGUCAAUGAUGCUGCUAAGGAGAUCCGUUAUACCCACAUUCUUAACCGGGUGCUCCCUCCAGACAUCCGUGUACUGGCCUGGGCCCCAGCAGAACCCAGUUUCAGUGCUCGGUUCAGCUGUCUCGAGAGGACUUACCGCUACUUCUUCCCUCAUGCUGAUUUAGACCUUGUAACCAUGAACUGCGCAGCUCAGAAGUACGUUGGCACACAUGAUUUUAGAAACUUAUGUAAAAUGGAUGUAGCCAACGGAGUGGUAAAUUUUCAGAGGACUAUUCUGUCUGCUCAAGUACAACUUGUGGGCCAAAGUCUGGCUGAGGAGAGAUGGCAAGAGCCUUUCCAGUUAUGUCAGUUUGAAGUGACUGGCCAGGCAUUCCUUUAUCAUCAAGUCCGCUGUAUGAUGGCUAUCCUUUUUCUGAUUGGCCAAGGAAUGGAGAAGCCAGAGAUUAUUGAUGAGCUGCUGAACAUAGAGAAAAAUCCCCAGAAACCUCAAUACAGUAUGGCUGUAGAAUUUCCUCUAGUUUUGUAUGACUGUAAGUUUGAAAAUAUCAAGUGGAUCUAUGACCGGGAGGUUCAGGAGUUCAACGUUACCCACCUACAACAACUAUGGGCUAAUCAUGCUGUUAAAACUCACAUGUUGUAUAGCAUGCUGCAAGGACUGGACUCUGUUGCAGUACCCUGUGGGACAGGACCAAAGAUGGAUGGAAUGAUAGAAUGGAGAAAUGUUAAGCCCUCUAUCAUAAAGCAGACCAGUGCCUUUGUAGAAGGAGUGAAAAUGCGCACAUAUAAGCCCCUAAUGGAUCGUCCUAAAUGCCAAGGAUUAGAAUCCCGGAUCCAGCAUUUUGUACGUAGGGGACGCAUCGAGCACCCACAUUUAUUCUAUAAGGAAGAAACAAAAGCCAAAAGGGACUGUAAUAACACGCUAGAGGAAGAAAAUACUAUUCUGGAGAAACCAACAAAAAGAGUCUGUGUUGAUACGGAGUUUAAAAGCAUCAUUUAGCCCCAGAAAACUCACAAGAAUCUAGGAGGCAACAACGAGCUAGUGACAGGUGGGCAGAAAGUAAAUACAAAAAAAAUUCACCACAAGAAGUCCUAGAAAUUCAAACGAUCAGCUCUUAAAAAGAAAACCCCAAAACAUAAAAGACCAUUAGGCCUUAUUAAGGAAGUUCUUGCUUAAACAAGACAUUCAAACAUUCUCUCAUUUCUGUCCAAAAGGAUGAAGAGAUGGAAGAAGCAAAAAGCAAUUGUGAAACGGAGAAGUAUUCAUGUACACCCAAAGCCUGUGUUGUGUUCAAAUUCAUUUAAGCCUGAUCCUGCAAGUGUCUAAUUUGUUGUGCUGUCCUUUUUAAAAGUGAGACCUUACUACUUAUCUGAAUUCUCAUAAAGAGCUUUGCCCAGGUGUCUUAUUUUCUAAGACAGAAAUUAAAAAUAAAAAAUUUAGUCAGUUAAACAUCUGAUAAAUUGAUUUAGUUACCAGGUAUGAUACUGCCUGGAAGUGACUAACUGAAUAAGGCAUAGCAUCUCUUACAAAGCUUAUCAUCUAGUGCUGUGUGAGCCACAAAUGGUCUCUGUUGAAUAUUCUCCUUUUUACAACCUUUUACAUAUGUAGAAAACAUUCUUGGCUCAAGGGCCAUAUUUAAAACAGGCUAUGUGGUUUAUUAACCCUUAGUCUAGUGGUUUAAGGAAAGCGCUUAUAAAGCGGGGAGAUAUCCAAGCUAAAUAUUGCAGAACAAGUGGGAGCCCAGUUAAAGUGGGCCUAAAAAAGCAGUGUUAGGUGCAUGUAAGGCAGAACAUGCAGUUUGUCUAAAGGGUUGAAGAUGACAGCAUUUGCAUUCAGGACAACUGUAAAUACAGUGGUAUGGCUUGAGAGUGACAGGAGCAUAGUUGAGAAAGAUAAGCAAGGAUCAUGUUUGUAGAAUCUUGUAAGCCUUCCUAAAAAAGCUUUAAAUUUUAUAUUGAGAGGCCACUGGAAAAAAGCCAGACUGUGUAGUAAAAGUAUUGCUCUGGGUACACUGUGGACUGGAAAAGGGCAAGACAGUGGAACCAAUUAGGAGGCUGUUAGACUCAGCAAGGAAAAAGAUGAUAAUGGCCCAGACUAGAUUUGUAGUAAGGGGAAUGGAGAGAAGUAGAUGCAUUUGAGAUUAUGAAAGGAGAAGCAACAGGACUUAGGUUGAGCAAAUCUGAGGUCAAAAGUAGGAAGGUUUUCAGGAUAACUUCUAGGUUUCAGAUUUAAGCAACCCUGAGAUGACAGGAAAAUGAAGGGAGGCUUUGCUUGUUCUCAAAAGUUUACAAGUGACCCUCCAAAUAUUACUUAUCAACACCAACAUUGAUUCAAGAGUUCAAAGUUCUCUUACAUAACACAUUAUAGCAAUUAAAACAAUAAACAUCAAAGUAAAUGAACUCGGACCUGGUACCUCAGUAACAAUUUUCAUCAUUGCAUAGUGAAUUACUCAUCUGCAUUUAUGUUAUAAUUAUGAGAUCCAGAGUUUUAUUUAGCAACCAACAAAUGAUUAGCUUAUUUCUACCUAUGUUCAAAACCCUAGGUAUGCAAGCAUGGUUUAUAUCCUCAAGCUGCUAGUUAAAAUACAACUAGCAUGGGACAACUAGAAACACUAUUAACAAAAAUAGUCAACUGAUGCUGCGUAAGUGCCACAGAAGCUUAGCUGUGGGUGGACUACAGAAAUAAAGACUUCAUUGAGGAUUCCAGGUUUAGUAAGUUAACUAAUACAGCGUCAGAAAAGUGCAAUGACCUUGUAUUAUUGAAGAGUUAAGAAGGCACAUCGUAGCUUUUACAUUCUAGCAGAGUAGGGACCAGGAAAGACUCCUAUUUUUGAGAUGGGGAAAUAGUGUUACAAAAUAAGAUUUAUUCUAACCAAUUGUACAAUCCCUGUCUUCUGGAUUUUGAAUCAUGUCAUUAGUUUUUGGGACCUGAUCUGCCAACAUUUCAUCUGAUGCUUCUAAAAAUGUAACUGCUUUCUCUUUUAAUUCUGAUAUAAAGAUCCUUUUAUGUUUAAUGUUAUCACUAAGUGAGCAUAGGACAUCCAUGUAAGGACAAACCAAAGCACUUUAGUUUUUUCAACUUCCUACCUUGUUUCAAUGAACCUUCACUGGCAUUAGUUUUUGAGUUAAAGAAAAACCUAGAAAAGAAAAUUUAAGAAAUCACUAAUUUUUAAAAAUCAACUCUUAAGAAAUGAAACUUUCAACAAAAAGCACUAAUUAAAGAGAUAUGCUUGGGAGAUUCUACAGAGGCAAAGGAUGUAGAGAUUAGGAUCUUACAUUUUAAGUAAAAUCCUUUCAAGAUUAACUAGAUUAUACUAUCAAAUCUAGAACAAUAAGGGUUUAGUAACAUUAUUUUGGUAGUUAUCACAAAAAAUUCAAGAGAAUCAUCACAGAUGAAGCAAAUGAGAAGUCUCAAAAUGUUAACUGUGCAAAAUUAGUUAUCUGAGGUAAUGUUUCUAUAAAUUUCAGUCUCUGACCCAUGGUAGGGACUAAAUGUUUCAUGUGUUUUUUAUUGUAGUUACUUACUAUCUGUUGCCAGAGAAAAAUGUUAUAGAACUAUUGAUUCUCUGUGCUGUACUUUCGUCCCCAUGACCAUAUUAUAAUUGAGAUUUUGUGCCUCUUUAUCCCCUUCACCCCUUACACCCACCUACUCCAACCCCCACCUCCAUGGCAACCACCAGUCACUUCUCAGUGUCUAUGAAAUCUACUGCUGUUUUGUUCAUUUUGUUUUAUUUUUAGAUUCCACAUGUAAGUAAAAUCAUA